UUUUGUUCUAGAUCCAUACGUCGGCGAAUUCAUCACCGUUAGCUCGCCAACGAAAGACAUCAACGUUACACGGUGGGACUGCGAUGACGUGUGCCAGUUCUUGAAGUCAGUUGGAUUGGAGAAGUAUACACCGGAAUUCAUAAUCAACCGGAUUAACGGCACAAAAUUCUUGCAACUGGACGGUGCAAAACUGAAGACCGUCGGUGUCCAGAACCAUGCCGAUAGGGCGCUGAUUAAAAGGCGCAUCAAAGACCUGAGGACACAUGUCGAGAAAGACAGAAAGUUGCUGGAGAAGAAGUCUAAGAAGUUAGUGAAGGCCGGAGACGUCAUGAGCGCACGGAGCUAA